UUGGAUGUCCCACGAGUGCAGUUGUCUGACUGUGGUCCAAAACUCUCAGUGGCUGGUUAUUACUCAAAACUUGUUGUCUUAGUUCAGCAACCAAGGAGUCAAGUGGAAACAGCACUGGAGCCACCUCAAGAGUAGCAUUAUGAGAGAUUCCUGGUGAGGAGGAAAGACAUGACACGGAGGGCCCUUCUUACCACUAACCAAGAUGACUUGGUAUGACUGCACUGCACAAGUCUGUAGAGUGUUAGGACUGCGCUCACUAACACAGACUUAAAGCAUGCGGGCAGACGUAGCUGUUUGGGAGACAGGAAAGGACACAGGAGCCUAUCAUUUAUUAGUUUGUGACCAACCAGCAGUGAAGUCUUUGAAGAUGAGCAGGAGCAUGCUGCUGUAACACCUGAAAUAAUCGUUCGAGAAGCCCCAAGUGGUAUGAUGGACACAAGAACAAAGUGUUUUGACACAACAUCAUCUUGUGGACUGAACCUAUUAAGUAUUUUCAUUCGGGUUUAACUGCAAUAGAAAGUCCUGGUCUGCUUUGACCAAUAUAAUUAGCUGUGUUAAACGGUUUCAGUGGCCUGGUAUUGAUCAGCCGUUUACCUUUGAAGGUUUGUUCUGCCUGUAUAAAACUUAACUGGCACCCACGUUUGCUGGAAAUUGCUGCCUUCACCUCUGAGCAAAUAGAAUACAGGUUGACGCAAAUAAAUCAAAGCUGGCAUCACUCCAUGGAAAUCCUGUUGUUUCUAAUAGGGGCCUCACCUAAACCGACUGAAGUUUCAUUGGAGAGCGGAGAUAAAAUGCAACUGGAGUCUGAUGUAAGAAACUUGACUGUGCUGAAGCACUGCAGAUUCAUGUGAGUUCCAGCAGGUUCUUCCUAGUGGCCCAAUUGGCUUGGUGUAGCCACAUUCUCUGCUGGCCUCCUUUCAAGUUCCUUCUGUUUCGACAACUCAGACGGAACUGCAGGAGCAUUCAUCAAAAGAUUGGACACCCCCACGGAGAAUCUGGCAAUCUAUGGCUUUAAAGCAAGCUGUCCUGAAGCUGGCUAGACUGGAGCAAACUCUGCAUCAAUGAGGUGACAUGUUCUCCCUGUGAGAGAGUCUGCAGCAAUCCUCGUGGAAAUGCCUCGCCGAGGCUUACUGGUGCAGGCUUGGACACGGCGUCUAUUACUAGGCCUCGCUCUUUUCUUCUGCCUCAUCUCCCUUUUGUAUUUGCUAGAGUGCACGCCUCGGCCGGACAAUGACCCUCUCCUCCUUGGCAUUCCAGGAAAACCGUACGGCAAAGAAUACUAUCAGGCUCUCCUGCAGGAACAGGAAGAGCACUACCAGACCCGGGCAGCGAGUCUCAAGCGGCAAAUCACUCAACUGAAGCAAGAACUCCAGGAAAUGAGUGAGAAGUUGAAAUCCGUGCAGGAGAAGAAGAGUCCAUCUCUAACUGGUGGAGGGGCCCAGAACAGUAAGGAAAACUUUCCCAACGAUCUACUGGAGUUCUUGCACUCACAGAUCGAUAAGGCUGAGGUUAGUGUAGGUGCCAGAGUGCCCAGCGAGUACGCGGUGGUGCCAUUUGAAAGCUUCACCCUGACCAAAGUGUACCAGCUGGAGAUGGGCCUGACCCGGCACCCUGAGGAGAAAGCAGUGAGGAAGGAUCGAAGGGACGACUUUGCUGAAGCCAUUGAGGCUGGAAUAGAAGUGUUGAAUAACCAUGAGGAAGAGGAGGAGGAAGAUAAUGAUGAUGAUGAUGACGACCGAGCACAGAAACACAGCUACACUGAGAAUGACUUUGUAGAAGGCUACUACCGUACAGAAAGAGACAAAGGGACCUUGUAUGAACUAUUCUACAAAAAAGAAUUUCUGGAUGAAUUUCAACAUGUCACACUCUUCCGUCCCUUUGGGCCACUCAUGAAAGUCAAAAGUGAAACAAUCGAUGUCUCGCACCAGAUCAUCAAUAUAAUUGUGCCUCUGUCCGGCCGCACUGAGGCGUUUGCCCAGUUCAUGCAGAAUUUCAGAGAUGUGUGCAUUCGCCAGGAUGGACACGUUUAUCUCACGGUCGUCUACUUUGGCCAUGAAGGGUUAGGUGAAGUGAAGAAGAUCCUGGAAAUGACUGCCAGUGAAACUAAUUUUCACAACUACACUCUGGUUCCUUUGGUUGAUGAAUUUUCUCGUGGACGUGGCCUGGAUAUGGGAGCCCGGGCCUGGGAGAAGGGCGAGGCGCUGAUGUUUUUCUGUGAUGUGGAUAUUUAUAUAUCUCCUGAGUUUCUUAACAGCUGUCGGAUAAACACAGAGCCUGGUAAGAAAGUUUUCUACCCUGUUGUGUUCAGCUUGUACAAUCCAGCUAUUGUCUAUGCCAAUCUGGAUGGCACCCCAUCCAUUGAGCAACAGCUGGUGCACAAGAAAGAUUCUGGGUUCUGGCGAGAUUUUGGAUUUGGGAUGACUUGUCAAUAUCGCUCCGAUUUCCUCACUAUUGGCGGCUUUGACCUGGAUGUGAAAGGGUGGGGAGGGGAGGAUGUCCACCUGUACAGAAAGUAUCUCCACAGUGACCUGAUCGUGGUGCGGACACCUGUCUCCAGCCUCUUCCACCUGUGGCACGAGAAGCAUUGUGCAGACGAGCUGACCCCAGAGCAGUAUCGCAUGUGCAUUCAGUCAAAAGCCAUGAAUGAGGCCUCCCAGGCUCACCUUGGGAUGCUGGUGUUUCGAGAUGAGAUCGAGGCCCAUCUCCGCAAACAAGCCUACAGAACUGACAGCGAAAUUCCUGAUUGAGUCGGAGGUCUUUGCUGUUUGGCCUGUUCAGACUUUCACAUUUGCGGUCUUUGGGUCAGGACCUGUUGUGUUUAAUAACGGGACCGCAGAUGACAAAAUAUUGUAUUACAUUGUGCUGUUGCAGUGCUCAAUUAAUGGCCCAAAAUGCGCUGAGGAGUUUACACAUCUCCAAGGAGUUCAGCGUUGUGUUGCCAUUUGCUCUCACAAUACAAGUGUAUGAGAGAUCCCAGAUACUUAGGAGUUUCUUGAGUGUUGGGGGGAAAGAAUUUGCCACUUCAGGUAUUUCUAUCCUUCAUGUGAAGGGUGUUCACCCUUGUGCUUGCCCUGGUCUGUCGCCUCAAGUGAUGUUCACACUGUUGUUUGAGUGAUGGGAUACACUUGGUUCAGGAAUUUCCAGGGUUUCGGUGUGAACUGACAGAAUAAUGACUAGUUAUGGAACAGUAUUAAUCUUCAGUGAAUAGGACCACACAUGCGCCAUUUCUAUGCUCACUCUUCAUACUGCCACUUUCUUUCUGGCUGCCUGGGGGCCAUUAUGCAAAGCCUGGCAGGUGAAAGGCCAGUCAAGCCCUGGGAGCAUCUCCUAUGUGUAUGUUGAGGCCAACUGAGCUCAUCUGCUUCUAUUAUCGACUCUGGACCAAAAGACAUUGUAUUUGACCCCAAGUGAAGCACAUCAUGCACACUGAUACCAAGAGAGUGCUGCAAUGCUGGGGGUGCUGUUCUUCAUAUGAAAUGUUCAAUCAGUGCUCCGUCCCAUGUUAUUAUUUCCAAGAUGAACAAAGGUCUUCUCCCGUUGUCUUGCCCAAAGUGUCUCUCUCUUUUUCUCUCUCAACCAACACUCGUAAACAGAUUGACUGAUAUCAGUAUUUCGAACACAGAAUCAUUGGCAUUUUUAUCCCACAAGGAGAGAAUACUACUGUCUCAGCAGGAGUUAUUAAGAUCAAGGGAGAAAGAGACCCCACAUUAUUUUUAACUUCAAUAAUUGAACUAAAAUGUGAAUGAAACAGUUAGUCAUAUGUCUCACCACUUCUAAGCUAUUUCAUUGUGUGUAACGUGCUUUGAGAUGUUUCUGAGACAUGAUAAGUUGCUUGUUUGUUUUAAUGGCUGUGUCUUCUACCCUCUGGAGCCCAGUUUAGCUUAGUUAGCUGGAUGUCUGCUUUGCAAUGCAGAGUACUGCAAAUAGAGUGAGUGCACUAACGGGUUCUCCUCAAUCUAUUCCCUUGCCUUGAGCAUGGUGACCCUCAGGUUAAACCAUCACCAGUCGUCUCUCCCUAAUGAGAGAGCAGCCCUUAGGUCUGGUAAAACUAAUGGCAACUUUACAUUUUGUCUUUUACCUUCUGCACAUUUUUCUGUCCUCUUUUAAAGAUUUGGGAAUGUGCUUCUCCCACCCUCCCCCAAACAUACGAUGAGCAUGUAUUUCUACAAUCCUGCAGAAAAAAAAACAUGAUUUUGGCACAAUAAUGGGCAAAACCUAGAGACUUGUGGGAUGGAACCACAAGAGGUAGGAGAUUUGUGGGAUAAAAACAAAGUUGCUGGAAAAGCUCAGCAGGUCUGGCAGCACCUGUGAAGAAAAAGUCAGAGUUAAUGUUUCGGUCCGGUGAUCCUUCCUCUGGAGGGUCACCAGACCCAAAACGUUAACACUGACUGUUUCUUCACAGAUGCUGCCGACUCUGCUGAGCUUUUCCAGGAACUUUGUUUUUGUUCCUGAUUUACAGCAUCUGCAGUUCUUUCGGUUUUCAUUUAGGAGAUUUGUGGUAUUGGAUUCUUAAUUCAAUUUUCAAUUCCUCUAUGUGUAUUUGGUGUGUGUGAGCGUAGUGGGGAGGAGAGGCGAUGGUCUGUGCAACAGAAAAUUGUUCCAGCAGCAGAACUAUCCAAAUCUGCAAUCAUUUUGUCUAAUUUAUUUUGAUUGAUCUUCCAUAUCUAACCGUAAGGAAAACUGCCAACACGAUGGCACUAUAGAUACUCACCUGUAAGAUUCCUCUUCAACAUGAAAUCUCACCUAAAACAAUACAAAAACACUUCUGGCACAUACCUAAAAUCAUGGUUGAGGUGGCAGAGCUUCUAACCAAUGUUACUUCUAAGCUCCGCAGCCACUCUAGGAUUCUUCUGAGGUUCCACAUGUGCCACCCGGUGUGCCAGCACAUUGACUUCCUCUCUCAGAAGUCACUGCUACGCACAGACCUUGGAGGUUUGCACACCGAAAAAAAAUUAUAGGGAGUAUUGCUUCUAGCUAUCGAAAGUCGCAACUUUACUCAGGCUGUGGAGAUGGGAUGUAUUUGUUUGCAGUUAGGCCAGCAUUUAUCACCGUCACUGCCUUGAAGAUGAUGUUUGUGAGCUGCUGCCUCGGGCCUCCACCAUCCUUCAGGUGUAAGUACCCGCAGUUAAAAAGGCAGUUCCAGGAUUUUGACCAGUGGUAGUGAAGGAACGGCGAUAUAAUUCCAAAUCAGGAUGGGGCAACUUGGAUUGGAACUUGCAUGUAAUGGUGCUCCCAUGAGUCUUCUGCCCUUGUGCCUCUAGAUGGUAGGAUGUUGCAGGGCUGGGAAGACCUGUCAAAGGAGCAUUAGUGACGUAUUGCAGUGUACCUUGUCGAUGCUAUGCCCCAUUGCCAUUGUACAUUGCGGUGAUGUGGCGUCUGAAUUUGAAGACGUUCGAUAGGUACUCCUCUAUUGAACUACUUUGUGCUUGAUUUUGUUGAGCUUCUUCAUUGUUUCGGAGCCACGCUCAUCCAUAACUUAUCACUUAGUGGUUUUUCAGACAGCCUAGGUGCAGAAAUGAAUGAUGCUGAUGGUUAGAUCAUUAAAUCAUCUUAACUUUCUCCAAUUUAAAUUGAAUUUGAGGUCCCUUUACCAAUUUUCCAUUUGGAAAGCCACUAGCUAUCGAUAAAUGAACAAACCCUUUCUUGACUGAAUGUCAGGGUCAAGACUGGCAAUGAUUUAUUGACUAUAAGACCAUAGUUUUCAUUACUUGAAUGAUGUUUUGUAAUGGGCAAACAUUGUGGUAUUUAUAGAUAAUUAUUUAGCAACUUGAGCAACAAAUAGUUGUCCGUUAUCUCACAAGAUUAAUCUCAGAAGUUGUAACGGGAGUUGACUUUAUCGAUGAACUUCAACAUAGCUGAAUACUAAAUAAUUGAGAUGCCAUUAUGUGAUUCACUCUGUUGAGUGUAUAGCCAAAACUGGAUAAAUUAUAGCUACGAACAGAGUUAACUAGCAGUCAUGAAUUGAAUUGAAUUGAUCGAAGUUGUAGAAAAAGUUGAAUUAGUUGGAUCAUUGACAAUUAAAUUAUCAUUAAGAGCACUGCCUGAGACUUUGCCAGAAUUAUGAAAGUAUUUUAGGAGUAAACCUUUUGAGUUAACAAAUUAAUAGCAUGAGGCAACCAGACUGUCAAACAGAUCAGAGUCUUAUCUGUGUACGGUUCCAGGAAUCAUACCACUUCAUCCGUCUGAGCAACACAGUUGAGUUGAAUACCUUACAACCACCACCUUCCCUUGUGCUGGAAGUGUUAGGUUCUGUAACAUCAGGUUGAUGAGCCUCUGCUGGACAGAGGUGUUGGCUGCACUCUGAUCUCUGUGUCAGUGUCUGCUUUGCGCACAAACAAUGACAUCUGAGCUGGCUGGUUCAACUCUCAACCUCUGCAAUACCUGACAGUUUGGACCGUUAUGUGACGCACUGAUUACUGCCUGUACCUAAGUAAUUUGACCGUACAAUCUGACUGUUCUAAUUUUUUACGCCCUGCAGAUAUAAUACGCUGUGCUUGUAAAAGCACCUGCCUACCUAGGGCGGCACAGUGGCUCAGUGGUUAGCACUGCUGCCUCACAGCGCCAGGGACCCAGGUUUGAUUCCAGCCUCGGGCGACUGUCUGUGUGGAGUUUGCACAUUCUCCCCGUGUCUGCGUGGGUUUCCUCCGGGUGCUCCAGUUUCCUCCCACACUCCAAAGAUGUGCAGGUUGGGUGGAUUGGCCUUGCUAAAUUGCCCAUAGUGCCCGGGGAUGUUCAGCUUAGGUGGGUUAUAGGGGUAUGGUUCUGGGUUGGAUGCUCCAAGGGUCGGUGUGGACUUGUUGGGCUGAAGGGCCUGUUUCCACACUAUAGGGAAUUCUAUGAUACCUCUUUUAGGUAAAGGACACUCCACAGUUAAGCGACAAGGAGAAUUUUCUAACUAGCAACUGAUAUCAAAGGCAAAGGUAAUCUUUACCAAGUCAGGUUUGCUCUUAUACAUCUUAAAUUCAUAGAAAAUUCCCUUUCCAUUCACCUGAAAGAUCUAGGUGAUGCAUGUAGCAACAGGUUGCAUCACAUAUAGCCCAUAAUUUUGAACAGGAAAAGUUUCUGAAAGAUAUCAGUGUUAAUGAGGUACAGAUGCCUUGGCAUCAAACUACUUUUUACUUCCCUAAGUUUCCAAUCUUCCUUUAACAUUGACCAGAAAAUGUGUUUCAUUGUCACGUGGUUUUAAUUAGAUUCCAUUUCCUAGUAUCUUUUUAACUACUGACGCGAUGGGCUGUCCAUUUUUACUGAACUUCACUUUAGGAAAGUAGUUCACUUUCCCAACACCAUUUAAUAAUAACGGCUGCAGGGAUCAGGCAGAGAUGUGGCUGGUAGAGACAGGCUGGUUCGAUCCUGAUAAUCUGUCACUUUUGUUUGAUUGGGAGGCAAGUGGUGAAAUGAAACACAGAUCUCGGGUGCCACCCAACUGUAUCCUCCAACAGAGGGCUACAUUUCAAGUCUUACACGUGAGUAUAAAUAACAAUUAUCCUUUCAAUGUGAGCUGACAAGCAUUGGGAUAGCCCAAUCAUACUCCUUCCUAACUCCAUCCCAAAGUUACUGAGGCUAUGACCAUUUAUUACAUUUUGGUAUUUCCACAGGAAUUGGUUAUAUAGUCAAUGAGAUAUACAGCACAGAAACUGACCCUUCGGUCCAUUUUGUCCAUGCAGACCAGAUAUCCUAAAUUAAUCUAGUUCCAUUUGCCAGCAUUUGGCCCAUAUCCCUCUAAACGUUUCCUAUUCAUGUACCCAUCCAGAUGCCUUUUAAAUGUUGUAAUCGUACCAGGCUCCACCACUUCCUCUGGCAGCUCAUUCCAUACAUGCACUACCCUUUGCAUGAAAAUGUUGCCCAUUAGGCCCUUUUAAAUCUUUCCCUUCUCACAUUAAACCUGUGCCCUCUACUUUUAGACUCCCCUACCCUGGGGGAAAAAAGACCUUGACUAUUGGCCCUAUCCAUGUCCCUCAUGAUUUUAUAAAUUUCUAUGAGGUCACUCCUCAGCAUCUGACAUUCCAGGAAAAAUAGCCCAGCCUAUUCAACCUCUCCCUAUAGCUCAAUCCCUCCAACCCUGGCAACAUCCUUGUAUAUCUUUUCUGAACGCCUUCAAGUUUCACAACAUCCUUCCUAUAGCAGAUUGCUCAUGUUCAUUUUUAUGUAAAUAAUCUAAUAAUUCAAAUGUGUUUUCAUUGCACCAUUAACAGAAGCAAAUGUGUAGGUUCAGUUAAAUGGAGGUUUGCCUGAAUUACUGAGAGCUCGUUUGCUGUCUCUCAGGUUGGUAUUAUCUCUGUGCCCUGCUUCCAAUGGAAUAUUUGUUCAGUAUUAAAAGCACAGGUGCGGAAAUGUUCAGACAGCCCCUAACUAAUGACCUUGUUUUGGUCCAGUUUGUCUUGGUUGCUUUUGUACAAAUACAACAUUACAUUUGUGGAUUUGUCAUAAAGUAUGUAUGUAAUUUCUUGAGCCAAUCAUGUUCGUGUGGUCAAAUCAUUAACGGACCAAGCUUUUGAGAUUAAUAUCUCAUGGUUUCUUGAAGAGUUAAAGAAAGUAUGACUUUUGGGAGAAUGAAUCAUUGAAUUCAUUCAGUACAGUAUUGCACAAGGCUUGAUUGUUCUCAUGAUUCAGGGGGAGGGUAGCAAUAUUGCCUUUCAGAAGCAACCUGAUUUAAUCUCCCUCCAUUCCCAACUGGUUGGUUUAAUGUUUACCACUAUGUAUUGAGGUUAGAACCAUUCACAGGCUCCAGUUACAGGGUGCUGAUGCAAAGGCUUGGGGAAAGGGUGGGGAGAGUUUAUUCAUAUGAACGAUAUCUAUAAGGUAGAUGAAAUUCCCUGGAGACUCACUGUGCUGCUAGAAUGAGAAUCAUGCAAGUGGAAACAUCUUCUCCCUGGUACUUUUGCCUUGGGGCCUCCUUCAAAGCUUUAUGUAACAACAGUGUCCUGUUUGUACCCACUGUGUCUGAAGAUGAAUUAUGCUCUGAGGUAUGGUUACAUUCUUUCAUAUGCCCCUUACAGUCUCACCCACAUUAACUAGGGAAAGUAAUGUUUAAGAGUGGCUGAGAUUGCCUUCUCAAUAAAUACUGAAGCACUGUGUGCAUUGUGUUGUCUUUUACUUGGUCCUGCAAAAUACUAAAGUACAGAUGGUUUUGGGGUUACUUGAGGGUCAUGUAGUACAACCUGCAAAGAGCAAUGUGACUGACUGGAGGGUCUGUUCAAAGCACCCAGAUUUACCUCCUGAACUUCGGCUGAACACGCAUGAAGAAUUAACCGUUCAACUUUGUUUAGUACAGAUUAGGACCUAGUGCAAUGAAUUGGAGCUUCCAGUGUAUGUUUCUUCCUCAUCUGUUGAUCCCCUUUCUCUGCCCACUUUCUGUCUCUUUUGGCACAGUGGCUUGGUGGUUAGCACUGCUGCCUCACAGCGCCAGGGACCCAGGUUCAAUUCCAUCCUCAGGUGAUUGUCUGUGUGGAGUUUGCACAUUCUC